CUGCCGCUGGAGCCGCUGCUGGCUCGGACUCACCUGGCGGCAGGUGGGGCAGGAGGAGGGAGCGGGCGGCCGAGGGCUGGACAGCGCCGGGCGCCGCUCUGGGGAGAUGCUGCGGGACCGGACUCUCCGGCUGCAGUAUGGGAGCCGCAUGGAGGCGGUGUGUGUGCUGGGCACCCAGAUCUCCGCCGACGUGUACGGAGCGGCUCCCGCAGGUGCUGUGUCGUUCAGCGUGAAGCACACGGCCGGGGUUCAAGUUGAAAUAGUUACCGAUGACCAAUCGCAGGUGGCCCCCGCAAAUGGAGGGAAGCAGUGGCCUCUCGACCACGGGACAGUCCUGAAACUCAGCAUGAACAAAGCCAGCACCGAAGCCAAUGACAACAAGGUAACGGUGAACUAUUACGGCGAGACUGGAGGGCCUCCCAUAGACCAAGCUGGCGUCUUCCUGACAGGCAUUGGGAUCUCUCUGGACGUUGACGCAGAUCGCGAUGGAGUGGUCGAAAAGAACAACCCAAGGAAGGGAACAUGGACGUGGGGCCCAGACGGGCAAGGAGCCAUCCUGCUGGUGAACUGCGACAAGGACAACCCUUUUAUCUCUGGACUGGAUUGCGACGAUGAAAAAAUAUUCAGCAAAGAAGAUUUGCGGGACAUGUCUCGGAUGGUCUUGAGAACCGAAGGCCCCCAAAGGCUGCCUGCUGGGUAUGAAAUGGUUCUCUACAUUCCUAUGUCUGACUCUGACAAAGUAGGAGUCUUUUAUGUGGAGAAUCCUUUCUUUGGUCAGCGUUACAUCCAUGUUCUGGGUAGGAGAAAGCUGUAUCAUAUGGUGAAAUACACAGGUGGAUCUGCAGAGCUGGAGUUCUUCGUGGAGGGUCUCCACUUCCCAGAUGACACCUUCUCUGGGCUGGUCUCCAUCAACAUCAGCCUUCUAGAGUCAUUAACUGAGGGGAUUCCACGGGCUCCAAUUUUCACAGACACGGUAGUUUUCCGAGUUGCUCCGUGGAUAAUGACUCCAAACACCUUGGCACCAGUGAACGUUUUUGUAUGCAGUGUGAAGGAUAAUUAUCUUUUCCUGAAGGCGGUGAAGAGCUUAGUGAGCAAAGCCAGUUGCGACCUGAAGGUCUGCUUUGGGUAUGUGAAUCGUGGAGACCGCUGGAUGCAGGAUGAAAUUGAGUUUGGCUACAUACAUGCUCCUCACAAAUGCUUCCCUGUGGUUCUGGACUCUCCCAGAGAUGGGGGCCUGAAAGACUUUCCCAUCAAAGAGAUUCUGGGCCCAGACUUCGGCUACGUGACCAGGGAGCCUCUGUUCGAGGCUGUCACCAGUCUCGACUCCUUCGGCAACCUGGAAGUCAGCCCUCCGGUGACCGUCAACGGGAAGGCAUAUCCCCUGGGGAGGAUCCUCAUUGGAAGCAGCUUCCCCACAUCUGCUGGGAGGAGGAUGACCAAGGUGGUGAGAGAGUUCCUCUAUGCUCAGCAAGUCCAGUCGCCUGUGGAGCUCUACUCUGAUUGGCUGACCGUGGGUCAUGUGGAUGAGUUUGUGACUUUUGUGCCCCUUCCUGACAAAAAGCAAUUCCGGAUGCUCAUGGCCAGCACGUCGGCCUGCUACAAGCUCUUCCGAGAGAAGCAGAAGGAGGGCCAUGGAGAAGCCACCAUGUUCAAAGGUUAUUCUGGGGCAGACACAAAACGGGUCACCAUUAACAAGGUCCUGUCCAAUGAGGUCAUGGUGCAGGAGAAUCAAUACGUACAGCGCUGCAUCGACUGGAACAGAGACAUCCUCAAGAAAGAGCUGGGGCUGACUGAAAAAGACAUCAUAGACCUCCCGGCGCUCUUCAAGAUAGACAAGAUGGGCAAAGCCAUGGCAUACUUCCCCAACAUGGUGAACAUGAUUGUCCUAUCUCAAGACCUGGGAAUCCCAAAGCCAUUCGGGCCAAUCAUCGAGGGAGAUUGCUGCUUGGAAGCACAUGUCCGCUCUCUGCUGGAGCCACUCGGGCUGAUGUGCAGCUUCAUUGAUGACAUUUCCUCCUACCAUAAGAUGCUGGGAGAGGUCCACUGCGGUACCAAUGUCCAUCGCAAGCCCUUCUCCUUCAAGUGGUGGCAUGUGAUUCCCUAGCAGCCGAGCAGGUGGAGAUUCCUGCAGUCGAAGCUCACGUGGGCACUGCUUUUUUUGUUGGUUGGUUGGUUGCUUGCUUGCUUGAGCUUGGUCGAGUUAAUCACUAGAACUUUGGUAUGGAGUCUCGGUGCUGUGCUUUGGCGCCUCUGUGUGUGAUGUGUUUCACCCAUUAGAUGGGAAGGUCCUCCAGCCACACGCCAUUCUGGUUUGCAUGCUGCAGGUCCCAGCCCAUUCCAUUCUGGUUUUUUUCAAGCCCUUGGAGAUUAUGGCAGCUGGCGGUUGAACUGAUCAGGGGUAUUCUACCAAAAAAAGAUUGAUAGAAACUAUGGUAGCAAAAGCCAUCUUCUGCUGAGUUCUGAUGGCAAUAAUUUGUAAUCAUGAUAAUUAAAUGGAAAAAGUGUGGAAAUCUCUUGGUCUUUUCUUUAAAUACGCACAUCCUGGCUGCACUAGUUCUCUGCACUGCAUUGUUCAAGGUGUAGUCUCUUCAUUAGAGGCAGAAACCAAAAUUUCAGCUACCAAAAGGUGUGAGUGCUGAUCUACCAGGUAUAUUUCACAGCACACAAACAGAGAAGUGAGAUAAAAACAUAAAAUGCUCUUGCUGGGAGGUUGCAAUGUAACACGACUUUAUUUCUGAGAAUUCAGCAUGAUAACACACAAGAAUGCAAAAAACAGAGAAAGACAAAGCAGGCUGCUGCCUACGGCAGUGAGGGACAACUCAUCCCACCUUACUGUAGGCUGGCUAGCUGCAGAAUGACUGCUGCUAGACCCAGCUCACAUACUUCCCUACAAAACGCCCUAGCAAGGAGGACCAGGAACCCCUCCCUCCACUCUUAAAGUGAUACCUUGCAAUUCCAACACAGUCCACAAUACACCACACUAAUCAUCACUUCUGGAAAUUUGGAAAGCAAGGUGUAAAGGGAAGAGUAAUUAAAGGAUGAAAGGAACAUAAAUUCUUUUAUCAUCUGGCAAUGGAAUGUAACUUUUUUUUUAAACUUUAAACUGCCAGGGAACACACUAAUCUGCCGAAAACAUGGUUGCUUCUGGCAUUCAGCAGUAUUCUUAUGCUGUGAAGGAUGCGUAGGGCAAAUGAGCUGAUCUGUUUCCAAUUUAGGCUAUAAGAAGUCCCUGCACAGCAGUUAACCAAUCACCAUUUAUUUCAAAAGUCUAAUUUCUUCCCUUUCUUGUUCCAUGUAAUCCAAGACAUUGUUUUACUGGGUUUGAAAGUCUCAAAUCUGCUGCUGAACAUUAAGCAUCAGUGGCCAAACUUAUUCACAGAAGUCAUUGGAAUCACAGCAGGGGAGAAUAUGGUCUGAUUUUGUUCAAAAGCAAAAUUUUGUUUAUAAGCUUUCCUCUAUGGAACCACCUCCCUCAAGGCCACCUCGGUCCCCCUGUCUGUGGCACAUAAUAGUUUAGUCUCCUGUGGGCUGUGAUACUUUGGUCUGAUUUUGAUUGUUGGGUUCAGUGUGUGGAUGCUGGAGGGUGUUGGUGGCUGUGAUCUACAGGAGGUGAGUAGAUGAUCUGAUGGUCCUUUCUGGACUUAAAUUCUAUGGCUUUAUGUCUAAGUGGACAAUUUAGGGAUUGCUUCCAUCAUCCAAACAAACAGGACAUUCCUGCAUUUCAAGUAGAUAUGGAAGACAAGCUUUGUUUACUGUCUGGAAUCAGAGUUCAACCCAUGUGAAGUGACCCCUCGAUUAAGAGGAAUGUCUUGUCCAUGUAUAAGGCUAUCAAGCUGCCAGACUUGGACUGGACAUCAGCCCAAAAGCUCUUGAGUCUCACACCUUUUGUUCCAUGAAUUCAUAGAAAUUAGAGUUAGAAAAGCCUAAUAGAUCAUGCAUUUAGUAUAUUCCCCUGCUACUGUAGUAUUGUUUUCAGCAUUAUGUUUGGUAGUAUUUUUGUCGAGUCUACUUUUAAAUCCCAUGAGACGUGGUUUCCAUAAUUUUCCUUGGGAGAUUAUUCCAUAGAUCUCGCUGUGAUGGGUUCCCCGCAGGGUGCCAUCUGGAACUGGGGUUAUCACUGAGCCCUCUGACCCACCAGCCUAGGCUCCCUCUCACACUGUGCUGCUGUGACAAGUUACAAAGCCCUCCAAGCUUGUACUUCCACCAGCAUUCACACAGGUAGGGUCACACCCAGCUGCAGUCACAUGCGGGCUCUCUAAUCACCAGCCUAGGACCCCAGAGUAGUACCAUCCUGCCCUAGUCAAAUCUGGCCAGUAUAUGAGUUUAAUAUCCGGACCGCCUCUCCCUCAAUGUGACGAGGACCAUGCACACUUGUGGUAACCAAGCUGAGUUUUUCCCCAGACACCUUAGUCAAAUGCACACUGGUGUGGAUUAAAAGAUAAAAUAAGUUUAUUAACUACAAAAAGAUAGAUUUUAAGUGAUUAUAAGUGAUAACAAACAGCUCAAAGCAGAUUACCUAGUAAAUAAACAAAACUGCAAACUGAAUUUAACAUACUAGAUAGGAUAUGAAUUAGCAAAUUCCCACCCGGAGUGAUAAACAGGCUGGCAGAUUCUUAAGGCACAGGCUACCUUGGCUUUGCAGCUUGGGUUUCCCAGGUUUUCAUACAUGGGUUAGCAAUCCCUUAGCCUGGGAUCAUCACUUCCCCCCUGUUCAGUCUUUAUUCCUCAGAUGUUUCCAGGUGUGGUGUUGUAGGGAGAGUGAGGACCGCCCAUGAUGUCAUUUUUCCCCUUUUAUAUUUUCUACUCACUUGCUGGAAAGCUCUUUUGCUAUGACCUGGGUCAAACAGUUCCCAUUGCGCAGUGCUAUCUCUGAGAACUUUCUAUUGUACACAGUUCCUGGGGUAAUCCCUGUGCUUGUGUGCAUUUCCUGAAUAAACCAUUCACACUGUUUGGCCUUUUUACUGUUGCACCUG